GUUGAUUAACGGAUACGAUUUGUUCCAAAAUCGCAUCCAUCGCGUAGCCGUCGGCCUUACUCUGCUCUCCGCCUCGAUGCUUCGCCGCCGCCGGCUUCCGCUGCGGCGAGUCAUCUUCGAGGCGGUCAGGUGGCUCUCGCGGGUGGCGCCUCCGGCUCCUGUGAAGGCGGAGCCAAUCAUCCGCGUCUCCAACAACAUCGCUCGUCUCGGAGAGCCCAAAAGGGCCCCCAAGCCGCGGCAGCUUUUGUCCCUCCCUCCUUUCCCCAACUCCGGGACUGAACCGCUUCCCGGUCGGAAGAAAAGUGCGGGCUCCUGCGGGAAGCAACGCCGAGUUACCGCCAUCAGCUGGGUCAAGCACUACUUCGCGGAUAUUGAGGAAGAAGCUAUUCGAUGGCAUUUCAACAAGGGAUUGGUGUAUAUUGAGAGUUCAAAUCAGGAUAAUCAAGCUAAAGAAAAUAAUUUCACAUGUAGUUUGGAAAAGAUUAAGCAUGAUCAUGUAAUGGAAUCAGGAGUAAGAAUUCAUCUUCCUGUAUCAGUUGGAGAGACCAAGAUUACAAAGAGAUACAGUACUAUUCCAACCGCAACUUUGAAUCCAAAUGCCGAUGAGAUAGAAUACAUGAAAAGACUCGUCAUCCACAAGGACUCGGCUAUAUUUGUGCUGAAUAAACCCCCUAAAGUGCCUGUGAAUGGAAAUUUACCAGUUCACAACAGUAUGGAUAUCCUGGCAGCAGCGGCCUUAUCUAAUGGAAGUGAUCAAGGUCCUAAGUUGGUUCAUCGACUUGACAGAGAGAGCAGUGGCUUGCUGUUAAUGGGAAGGACUAAAGAAAGCUUCACUCGACUUCAUUGGCUUUUCACAAAUGUAAAUCUAGCAAAGUCAUCAUCUGAGAUCUGGAACAAUGCUUGUGAGGCAACAAUGCAAAGGUACUGGGCGUUGGUAAUUGGUACUCCUAAAGAAAAGGAAGGUGUUAUUUCAGCUCCUCUAACCAAGGUAGUUCUAAAUGAUGGGAAAGGAGAAAGAGUAAUUCUUGCUCAUCCUUCAGGAAUAGAUGGCUCUCAAGAAGCUACAACUGAGUAUCGGGUGAUGGGACCUACGAUAAAUGGAUGCUCUUGGAUUGAGUUGUGCCCUCUUACAAGUCGCAAGCAUCAGCUAAGGGUUCACUGUGCUGAGGCACUUGGCACUCCCAUCGUCGGAGAUUACAAGUAUGGUUGGUUUGUGCAGCAGCGAUGGAAGCAAAUGCCGCGGCAAGACUUUGAGCCAUCGAGUGGAGAACCAUACAAGCUCCGGAGGCCUGAAGGUUUGGCAGUCCAAAAGGGGAGUGUGCUAUCUAAAGUGCCUCUGCUGCACCUACACUGCAGAGAAAUGGUGAUCCCUAACAUUUCAAAGUUUCUUGGGAGCUCUGGUGAAUGGCUUGAUGAAACCAAUGAAUGGACCGCGAGUAAGCCAGACCUUCUUCGGUUCGUGGCAUCAAUGCCUUCUCACAUGAAAAUUAGUUGGAAUCUAAUGUCAUCAUACUUAGUGUAGUGAAUUUGUGUCUUGGAAAAAGUAACUUAAAAAAUCACUUUGGUUCAA